CCCCACCUCCCGCUGCUGCAUGUGGCAUCCGCACCAAUUUGGCUCGAUACAAACCGAUGUCGUUUUAAUUCCGAGGAAACAACAAGUUCAGUGCUCACCUGAUGGCUCACAUGGUCCAACGGGUGGACACUAAUGGAGGCACUCUAUCUACUCUGCUCCGUCAUCUCCACCUUCGUCACCUCCCUCACUCUCUCUCUCCACCUCCCCUUCCGCUGGCUUCUCCGCCGGCUAUGGCUACGCUCCGUCGCCCCAGACUCAGUGUCUCUCUACCAAGGCACCAUCUGGCACGAGCGCACCGUCCCAGUCCAUCACUCCUUCAGCUACCCUGUCCGAUACGCGCUCAUUGACCUCGACCGCGCCCCCCGCCCUGUCCCCAACCCCAACCAUCUAUCUGCCGACCAUGCUCGCCGAGUCGCCCAGACCCACGGACCCGUUUUUCUUCUGACAAUACCUCCUAGUGUGGGAUAUGAACAAAACCCAUUGAGUUUGUACUUUUGCUAUGACACGGAAGACUCUUCUCAGAAUCUGAAGAAGUGUAUUGCUGAGGUGACCAAUACACCAUGGGGUGAAAGAGUAUCAUUUGUUUUCAAUCCGACCUCUGAUUUAGUAGCAAAGCCGUUACAUGUCAGUCCUUUUAUGGAUAUGCUUGGGAAUUGGCGCUUCAGAACCACUGCACCUGGGGAUAAUCUGUUUGUAGUAAUUUCAGUUCAACAUCCAGAGCUUGGUGACUAUUUCAGAUCUAUCUUGUCACUCAAGAAGGUCUCCUCAUCAUUUGAAGCUGAUCAUGAUCUCUUCUUCUGGUUGAUGCCUCAUAAAGUUGCUUUGUGGAUAUAUUGGCAAGCCCUCAAGCUUUGGUGGAAAAAUGUGCCACUCAUCCAACACCCAAAGUAUCUAAACUCUUCAUACAGGGAGGAAGCUUUGAUGCGCAAUCGAAGGCUCGAAUGCUGCCCAGCAAUUGGAUUGAACAAACAUAAAUAUCUGCAAGUUGAAGGGAGUGAUUCUGAAUUUGUGGUCAGCAGGCAAUCUGGGGAUCGUUGGUUCGCUUGGAGAGAUGCUAAAUGGCCCUGGUCUUGAAUGGUAACAGUCAGUCUUUGUGUUGCCACUCAUUUUAGAACGGGUUGUAGCCUAUAUAUGAUUUUUUUUUCAUUUAUUUAUUUAUUUUUGAUGUCCAAAUAGUCGAGUAUAUGUGGGUUUAGUAAUCAGAAAGUACUUUGAUUGAUUAA